CCGGAUUAUGUAAUUCCUGAAAAGUAUUUGGAAGAUUUGAAGAAAGUUGAUACUAAUAAUAGUAAAUCUGAGGUUUUUGUUCCUGAACGUGAUGAUUCUACCAACGCAAGUAAUUCUGACGAUAAAACCCAGCACAAUGACGAGAGAAUAAUUGUAGGAUGGGGUGGUGAUGAUUAUCCAGAAAAUCCAAAGAAUUGGCCAUUACCAGAAAAAAUAUUCGUUAUUUUCCAAAUUUGUUUCUUAACUACUGUUGUUUAUAUGGCUUCUGCUAUAUUCAGUCCCGGUAUUGAAAGUAUGAUGGAAGACUUGCAGGUAUCUAGGGCCAAAGCAACAUUCCUUUAACUAUGUUCGUUGUCGGAUACGGUAUAGGGCCAAUGUUCUGAAGUCCAAUGAGUGAAAAUGCUAUCUUUGGGAGAACUUACAUUUAUAUAAUUACAACAUUCAUCAUCUUUAUUUUACAAAUUCCGAUUUCUUUAGUCAACGACCUUCCUGCUUUAGCAACUUUGAGGUUCUUCAGUGGAUUGGCAGCCAGUCCCUGUUUGGCUACUGGUGGAGCUUCUAUGGGGGAUAUCACUGAUAUGCCUUAUUUGCCAUUAACCAUAGCCUUAUGGUCGAUUUCAGCUGUUUGUGGUCCAUCAUUAGGACCCUUAGUCGGAAGUAUUUUAGUAAUUAAGAGAGACUGGCAUUGGACCUUUUGGCUAGUGGCCAUGACAACAGGUAUUGCUUUGACUGUUUUCAGUUUCUGUUUGCCGAAGACUUUCGAAAAGACUUUGCUUUUAAGGAAAGCCAAAAGAUUAAGAAAAGUCACUGGAAAUCCAAAGUGA